AUGUUUGGCACAUAUACAAUCGACUCCGUGCAGCUCUCCAACCGCACUGGUGCGAAUAGUGGUAACCGCACUGGUGCGAAUGUUGGUAACCGCACUGGUGCAUAUAGUGGCAACCGCACUGGUGCAUAUAGUGGUAACUGCACUGGUGCAUAUAGUGGUAACCGCACUGGUGCAUAUAGUGGCAACCGCACUGGUGCAUAUAGUGGUAACUGCACUGGUGCAUAUAGUGGUAACCGCACUGGUGCAUAUAGUGGCAACCGCACUGGUGCAUAUAGUGGUAACCGCACUGGUGCAUAUAGUGGCAACCGCACUGGUGCAUAUAGUGGUAACUGCACUGGUGCAUAUAGUGGUAACCGCACUGGUGCAUAUAGUGGCAACCGCACUGGUGCAUAUAGUGGUAACCGCACUGGUGCAUAUAGUGGUAACUGCACUGGUGCAUAUAGUGGUAACCGCACUGGUGCGAAUGUUGGUAACCGCACUGGUGCAUAUAGUGGCAACCGCACUGGUGCAUAUAGUGGUAACUGCACUGGUGCAUAUACUGGUAACCGCACUGGUGCAUAUAGUGGCAACCGCACUGGUGCAUAUAGUGGUAACUGCACUGGUGCAUAUACUGGUAACCGCACUGGUGCAUAUAGUGGCUGGGUACCCCACGUGAAGGGGCAGAUACUGGAUGGAGAGCAGCUGUGGGCGCUGAUAGAGGGUGUAAACCCAUGUCAAUCCUCUGUUCCCUGCUUGCCUGCCACCAUGCCCCAUCAAACCCGUGCAGGCUACCCCACGUGGAAGGGGCAGAUACUGGACGGGGAGCAGCUGUGGGCGCUGAUAGAGGGGCUGGAAGCCAAUGGUCUGCUCUUCUACACGCACCUGCUCACUGUGUGUGACCUAGUGAUGGGGGACGACGGUUGCAAAAACGGCCUGCUGCCUGCUCCUCUCUCUUACCCACUUCUCCCCUCUCUCCCCAUCUCUCCCCCAUCUCCCCCCCAUCUCCUCCCUCCCCUCACGGAUUUGAUGGGGGAUGACGGCCUGAUGGGAGACGAUGGCCGUCUUACAUUGCUGCUUCUCCUUGCCACCGCUCCCCCCCACCUCUCUUCACCCUUCCUCCCAUCUUCCCCCGCCAAUGUCUCCCCUCCCCUCAGAGUGUGGUCCAUGUGCGAUCCAGUGAUGGGGUAUGACGGCCGUCUCUACAUUCGCCCCGAGCUCGUUCCCAUCUACCGCCACCAGGUGCCAUCCACUCCACACCUGUCCCUCUGA